CCCAGUCUGAUUGCGGCUGAGGCCGGUCCUGGCUUUGUAACUCGCUCAAGAUGGCGACGCAGCCACCCAGCGGGAUCCGCCUCAGCGCGCUUUGCCCGAAGUUUUUGCAUACAAAUUCUACUAGUCACACUUGGCCAUUUAGUGCGGUUGCUGAAUUAAUAGAUAAUGCUUACGAUCCUGAUGUGAAUGCUAAACAGAUAUGGAUUGACAAAACAGUGAUAAAUGACCAUAUAUGCCUGACAUUUACUGAUAAUGGGAAUGGUAUGACUUCAGACAAAUUACAUAAAAUGCUGAGCUUUGGCUUCAGUGACAAAGUCACCAUGAAUGGUCACGUCCCAGUUGGAUUGUAUGGGAAUGGCUUCAAGUCAGGCUCUAUGCGUUUGGGUAAAGACGCAAUGGUUUUUACCAGAAAUGGAGAGAGCAUGAGCGUGGGCUUCUUGUCUCAGACCUACUUGGAAGUCAUAAAAGCAGAACAUGUUGUUGUCCCAAUAGUGGCCUUCAACAAGCACCGACAGAUAAUUAAUUUAACAGAAUCAAAAGCAAGCCUCGCUGCAAUUCUGGAACAUUCUCUAUUUUCUACGGAACAGAAAUUACUGGCAGAGCUGGAUGCUAUCAUGGGUAAGAAGGGGACGAGGAUCAUCAUUUGGAAUCUCAGAAGCUACAAAAGUGCAACAGAGUUUGAUUUUGAGAAGGAUAAAUAUGACAUCAGAAUUCCAGAAGAUUUAGAUGAGACAGCAGGGAAGAAAGGGUACAAGAAGCAAGAAAGGAUGGACCAAAUUGCCCCUGAGAGUGACUAUUCUCUGAGGGCUUACUGUAGUAUAUUAUAUCUAAAGCCACGAAUGCAGAUCAUCUUGCGUGGACAGAAAGUGAAGACACAGCUAGUUUCGAAGAGUCUUGCCUACAUUGAACGUGAUAUUUAUCGACCCAAAUUUUUAACUAAUAAAACUGUGAGAAUUACUUUUGGAUUCAACUGCAGAAAUAAAGAUCAUUAUGGGAUAAUGAUGUAUCACAGAAACAGACUCAUCAAAGCUUAUGAAAAAGUUGGAUGUCAGUUAAGGGCAAACAACAUGGGUGUUGGAGUAGUGGGGAUUAUAGACUGUUAUUUCCUAAAACCGACUCAUAAUAAACAAGAUUUUGAUUAUACUAACGAAUACAGGCUUACAGUAACAGCACUAGGAGAUAAGCUCAAUGAUUACUGGAAUGAAAUGAAAGUGAAGAAGAAUGCAGAAUAUCCUCUGACUUUGCUGGUUGAAGAUAUACAGAAACGUCCUGAUCAGACAUGGGUUCAAUGUGAUUCCUGUCUAAAGUGGCGAAAAUUACCAGAUGGGAUAGAUCAACUUCCAGAAAAAUGGUAUUGCUCCAAUAACCCUGACCCACAGUUCAGAAAUUGUGAUGUUCCAGAAGAACCUGAAGAUGAAGAUUUGGUGCAUCCCACUUAUGAAAAAACCUACAAAAAGAAAGACAAGGAAAAAUUCAGGAUCAGACAACCGGAAGCAAUCCCUCGGAUUCCUGCUGAGCUCUUGUUUCCAACAACUCCUGUGUCAAGUCAAAGCUUUCCUCCCGUUAAGGAAAAUGUUCCAAGAGGACAUCUUUCAGAAGUGGCAAAUACUUACGCAACGAGACUUAUAAAUAAUCAUCGAGGUUCACCCCAGUCUGAACCUGAGAAUAACAGCCUGAAACGGAGACUCUCUACUCGUUCCUCAAUUUUGAAUGCAAAGAAUCGGAGAUUGAGUAAUCCAGCAUUUGAAAAUUCUUAUAAAGAUGUUGAUGACGAUGAAGAUGUCAUCAUCUUAGAAGAAAACAGUACCCCCAAACCUGCAGUAGACGAUGAUAUUGAAGUGAAAUUGCAACAGAGUCACAUGGAGCCAAGCGCUGUUCAGGUGGAGCCUGUGGGUGAUAAUGAACCGUGUGGCCAGACUAGUUCAACAGGCACCUCAUCAUCCAGGUGCAGUCAGGGAACCACUGCAGCCACCCAGACUGAAGUACCAAGUUUAGUCGUUAAAAAGGAAGAAACUAUUGAAGAUGAGAUAGAUGUAAGAAAUGACACAGCCAUACUGCCAUCCUGUGUGGAAACUGAAGGAAAGACACGUGAAACCCAGGAAAUCUUUGAUAAAUCUGCUGGUGAUGCUGGUUGCCAAUUAAAUGAACUAAGAAAUGAGCUGCUUCUUGUCACCCAGGAAAAAGAAAAUUAUAAAAGACAGUGCCACGUGUUUACUGACCAAAUCAAAGUGUUACAGCAGAGGAUACUGGAAAUGAAUGACAAAUACGUGAAGAAGGAAACUUGCCAUCAGUCUACUGAAACUGAUGCUGUAUUUUUACUUGAAAGUAUUAAUGGCAAAUCUGAAAGUCCAGACCAUAUGGUGUCUCAGUAUCGGCAAGCUUUGGAAGAAAUAGAAAGGCUGAAAAAACAGUGUAGUGCUUUGCAACAUGUAAAGGCUGAAUGCAGUCAGUGUUCCAAUAGCGAGAGUAAAAGUGAAAUGGACGAGAUGGUUGUGCAGCUUGACGAUGUAUUUAGACAGCUGGACAAAUGCAGCAUCGAGAGGGACCAGUAUAAAAGUGAGGUUGAAUUAUUGGAAGUGGAAAAAUCACAAAUCCGUUUGCAGUGUGAAGAACUGAAAACUGAAAUCGAACAAUUAAAAUCUACAAGUCGACAAAUUGGAGAUGUGUCAACGUCAAGUAACAUCGAGGAGUCUGUAAAUUAUACUGAUGGGGAAAGCCUCAAACUUCGAUCUCUUCGAGUUAACGUAGGACAGCUCCUGGCCAUGAUUGUACCUGAUCUCGAUCUUCAGCAAGUGAACUAUGAUGUCGAUGUAGUUGAUGAGAUCUUAGGACAAGUUGUCGAGCAAAUGAGUGAAAUCAGUAGUACUUAAAGUGUAUUUUAUGUGAGAUAAUAAAAAAUAUUUGCUCCGUCUUUCUGGUUGUAUAGCUUUCAAAAUUUAAGCAGCUUUGUUAUAGAUAUGAUACGUAACAGACUGAAGAACCGUAAUCUUUUCUGUAUUCUAUGCAUUCAAGUGUGGACACAAAUAUUGUGGACACAUUAUCACACCUUUUGAAAUGCCUGUGAAUCACUGGUAUUGAGCAGCUACAUAGCUAACUCAUGAUUCUGCUUUGAAAUGUAAAUAUUUAUAAUUAAGUCACACAUAUUUUUUUAUUACCCUAGAGGACUCAAGUGUUUUUCACCAAGAGGUUUUCAGGUUGCCCCUAACCUUUGUGCAGUCUUUUCUGGUUCCCCAAAGUAUUUUUCUCUGACUUGAGGGCUGUGCCAUAAUACAAAUGGAAAUGUUACCUUUGAUUUUCUUACAGAGAAGUUUAAAACAGGGUUUUUAAAAAUGGAAUACCACUCCUGAUAAGUUGUAAGUAAUUGAGCAUUAAUGUUUCUUUUCUACAAAUUAUCUCCUGAAAUAUUUUAUUCGUGAAAAUAAAGUAAGCAGAAACUCCAUCCAUAUUGCCCGGAUUUUUCUGUGUGUGCUGAGAUUGCCGAUCAUGGUUAUUAAACACAAAGUGUUUUUACAGAAAAAUAUAAUGAUUUUUAGUAUAAAAAUAUAAAAAAUAUUAAAUGCCCCACCACAUUUACUUUGAAGCCCAUUUUUGGCUGCUUAGUCCACAUGGAGUGGGCACAAUAAUUGUUUAAUAUUUCUUUUUGUGAAAUUUCCUGUACAGCCUUUUGUAGGAUUACUACAGGUUAAUAUGAGUUGAGGAAGACAAUCUUUCUCCAACAGUACUGCAUACCUUUUAUUAUAUCACAAACCAGUAUUGCAUACCUUUUAUUAUAUUACAAACCUAAGUGUUUUAUAUCCUGGAGUUCAGCAACAAACAACCUAGGAUUAUAGUAUUACAUGCCAUAAAAAUUAUGCUUUACUGGUCCCGUGUUUUGUGCAAUUAUAAAGAGAUGGCUUUCUAUUAAGUAUAACUGUAUAUAUAAUUAAGAAUCAUAUUUUCCACAACUAAAAUGUGCAUUAUUUUUUUCAAAGUUUUAUCAUUGCUAUUUAUUUUUACUUUUGUUUCUGAACAUUGAAUACAUGUUCCUUUUGUAUGCUUAAUUACAUGUCUCAUGUACAAUAUUAAAUUUUUACUGUACAUUAACUUCUAGAAAAAGCAAAUAAAUGAAAUUUUUAUUUGCUUGAUAAAGUAAUUGAAAGUGUAUUUUUGGUAUGAAGCUGGUUUUCUGUCACAGUUGUAUCUGUUCAAAUUUUAAAAUAUCUUGUAAUAAAAUAAAAAUAUAUAUGAUGGCUCACACUUCAGAUACUACUUUUAAGGAAUUCUGUAUUCAAGUUAUAUUUUGAAAAGUAAGAUUGUGUCUGUUAAGACCCUCAAGUUGAGCUCAUUUUACUAUGUUUAUUAGAAGUUAUAUUUAGAAGAUACAACUUCUAAAAAUUUAGAAGUUAUAUUUACUUCCAUUAAGGCUCUGAGACUGGGCUCACCUUGAGAGUGUGUGCGUGCAUUUUACACUCAAAAAGAAACUUUAUUUGUGUAAGUCAUUUAGUCUAAAGAAACCUUGCCUAAAUGAUAGCAGCUGUGUAUAGCAUGUCUUAAGUUUGUGAAUGUUUAUGUAGCACUUAUUUCUGGAAUUUGCUAUUUUUCCCUUCCUUUUGGUCAGCUAUAUUCUUGCAAAAAUACAUAUUUUAUAUGGCUGUUAACUGGCUUAAUGGCAAAGUUAAUCAUAGAAUUAGAGAAACUUGCUUGCUGAAUGGAUUCUUUGGAAAUACUUACCUAAUAUUCACUCUUUAAGAAAAUAUUGCCAAGAUACGACUUUGUGACUAGCACGUUUAACAGAAGAACGUACAUGGGCUUUCAUGUCAUCUAGUGAGGUAGCGAUACCUAAUCUUUUUUUGUUAAGUUAAAUUUGUUCAAAGGCUAGUGUGGGGGAGGAUAGUGUGGCUUAAACUAAUUAUUUAAAACGUAGAAGCAGUGUGAGGACGUAAACCAGAGUAGUCCACAGGACCUCAGCUAAGACCACAAAACCAGUAAAAGCUAAUUUUCACACAGCAGGAGAGGCGUGGCAUAUGGUGUGGCCUUUAUUUGGGCCUCAAAUUCUUAAUGUGGGCAGGAGGUGCUGGUGACUCUGCCCAUGGUCUCAGACACUUGAUUGCUGCUAUCAUACAGCCCAUGAGGUCGUUAUUUGUCAUGGAGGAGUAAUUAAGGUGAUACGUACUGAUGGUUCUUACCCCUCACUGGCUGCAUUUUAGAAUCACUUAGGCGGUCCUUAGGAAUCCCACCCAGUGUGAGGAUGCACCCCGUACUAAUUAAGAGUUUUGGGGGUUGGACCAGACUGUCAGGCUUCUUUUCUUUAAGGCCUCCCAGUACACCGUCAGAGCCGAGAGCUAUUGAUCUAUACCCUCCAGUGAAGAAUAUUGUAAGUGUUGAACUCAAGUGGUUCCUGAAACAAACUCAGGAUCUGCAUGACCACUUUCUCACUGGGGUAAGCAAGGACAGGGAGAGGGAAGCAGAGUUGAUGCCCAAGUUAGAAAUGUAAAUACAACCGAAUGGUAUAAAGUGAAAAGUUUUCUUAUGUCCUUGCAGAAAAUAUUAGCUGCAUACAUACACACAUUCAUCUAUAUAUGCAUUCAGUUUAUAUUAAAUUUUAUAUCUUUGUAUUUGAGUAUAUAUUUGUAUCAAAUCUACACAGGUAUCACACCAUAUAAUUGGUAACAUUUCCAUAUUACUCUCGAACAGCUUUAGUAGCAUUUUAUGACCUGAAUAUGCUCCCAGCCCUCAUUUAUUUCUCGUCUUUUGAUAUUACUACAAAAGCUGCUGCUGCGAGAAUACACACCACACAUACUUUUUAAAGUAUAUCCAGAAUGUAAAUACCUUGUAGUGAAUACUGAUAGGUUCAAGAGUGUAUGCUGUGUUAAUCUUAAUAAAUGUCGCCAUCCAAAAAUGGUUGCGAGUAUUUAUACUUCUAUGAAAAACAGAUGUAUGAGUGUGUUUUUUCCUAUCUCCAUCAAGCUUACUGGUAUGCGGAAAAAUGGCAGCUUGCACUUCUUUGUCUCAGGUUGAACGUGUUUUCAUGUGUUUUAUUGGCCAUUUUAAUUCCUUUUUCUGAGUACCCUGUCGUAUUCUCUGCCUAUUCUUUUCUGUUGGGUUCUUUGGUUUAUUGCUUUAAAGAAGCUAAAUGCCUGUUAAUGUGGCCACAAACACUACCCAGACCACUUCUAGCUUUCAGAAGUUGGUUCAGUCUUACUUUGGACAGUGUCACAUAGACUCAUUGGAAUGGAGUGAGAGACCCACUGAAUUCAUGUCUUUUUAUAUGAGGCUGCCCCUUGAACAACUUGGGGCUUGUGGGCUCCAACCCCCAUUUAGUCAAAAAUCCACA